AUGAAUGAUGCGGGCCCUCCGAUGGCGGUGCUUAACUAUGCGCUAGAGAAGUUCCAGGUCGGAAAGAAGGAACUCAAGGAAGACAUGAGCGAGACGGCAUUUGCGCUGUGGCAAAGCGGCGAACUAUCCAAGGGGUACGCCAACUCGUGGGAGAUGAUGGAGGAGGACGGCGAAGGAGAGAGAAAGGGAUACCGCAUGAGAAGCUUUGUGAAGUGGAUGAACUACAUCAAGGAAAUCUUCCGUCUGGAGGGCUUGGUCAACACCGCAUACGACUGGAAGGCUGCUGGCAACCUCAAAGUUGUCGACCUUGGUGGUUCUGGAGGUCAUGACAGUUUUGUCCUGGCGAAGAGCUUCCCCAACCUGAACAUAACGGUGCAGGACCUGCCAAAGUGCCAGUCCUCUUUCGACGAGAACAUUCCCGAGGAGUUGAAGGGUCGCGUAUCCUUCCAACCUCACAGCUUCUUCGAGCCUCAAACGCUGCAGGCGGAUCUCUACAUGAUCAAGCUUAUCCUUCACGACUGGCCUGAUGCCGAGUCCAUCAAGAUUCUGCAGGGUCUCACACCAGCCCUGCGCCCCGGCUCCAAGGUGCUGUUCAUCGAUUACGUCGGCAAGCAAGGUACGGUCGAGGAGAACGCGGCGGCGGCAGCGGCACUGCCUAGGUCUAUCCAGCAAAUGGGCACGUCAACAGAUUUGAGAAUGAUGGGACUGUUUGGUGCCAAGGAGAGACACGUAGAUGCAUGGAAGGAGCUCUUCAAGCGGGCGGACAAGAGAUUUGAUGUCACUCGUGUCGAGGCCAACCCGCUUUCUUUCUUCGUCGUUAUUGAGGCUGUCUGGCGGGGCGAGUAA